AUGACUGGCCGCUCAAAGGUUUCAAUCCAGCAUCUCCCACCACUUGUUGACGAUCCAACUGUUCGUCGACCCGACAUCUCCCUUGCUAGGAAUGUUCUUGGAUGGGAGCCUGUUGUGAAGUUGCAGGAUGGAUUGCGUAAAACAAUUCAGUGGCAUAUCGAACAGGACCUGCACCGCUGA